AUGGCUAGCGCAUGCCGGUCCCGAAAAAAGUCAAGCCCCCUGCUGGUGUGGGACUCUGAGGUGAGUCGAGCCCGGCCUCGACUUCUAUCCAAGACCCAUUUCGAUUCGUCCAUACGACUCAGUCCCGAUGAAGAAGAGCAGCAAGUGUGCACGCUUCAGCGGGCUUUUUCUCAGCCGACGUUGCAGGGAGAUUCAGCGGGGGCGGAUGAUGGGAAGCAUCAGUUUGUCUUUCGCUCCGGCCGCACUCAGUCUGAUGACAGCGCUUCGGUGACAGGCUUCCCAGACCCAUAUUUCACACAUAAUUCCCGUUUACUCGUGGCCGUGGCGAGGCCAGUGAGAAAAUCACAUCGACACCAACCUUAUGUCAUUUGUGCCGAUUCCGUUUGGCAACGCAAACAGGCCAUCAAUUUGACUCGUUCCGCCAUUGCCUUCCGCUCUCAGUUUGCUGCAAUUUCCUUUGUCUUCGUUACGCCUGCAAUCCCUCUUGGCCCGAUAAAGAGCCCAAUUAGCCAGGUUGGGUCAAGACCUCUUUCUGUUCUCCAUCUCCGGGUGAAACGACAUGGCACCGAUUGA